AUGAACGCAGCACAUAAAAUAAAUCAAUUGCAGAUCAACAACAUAUUAAAUGAUAAGAGUGAUUUGAAAUUAGAGAUUCGAACUCCAUCAGAUUCUUCUAACUCAGAUUUUAUUUUAUCAGAUGAAAUUUAUUCUUCAGAUUCUGAUGUUGAUAUUAUUCACAUUGAUGCUGAAGUAGCUAUAAAACAAGGGAAAGUUGGCAGAGUUUGCAGUGAAAAGUAUAGUUCACAUAGGAGAGUACCUGAUUCUGUGUACGAUGAAAUUAAAAUUUGA